ACAAAAAUACAAUUAAAAUUUACUCAGGUCUGUGUGUCCUUUUUGCAUCAAACAUAAACUGUAUGCAUUACUUUCAUGUGAAAACUGAUUUCUAAAUUAAUAAUCUACUACUCUUGUCCUUAUCAGACUUUAAGGCCAAAAAAAAUAUAAGAAGUUUAAACAAUUCUAACUUGUACCUGCUGAUAACAAAAAAUAGAGUAAACUUAAAUCUAGGCGCCAGUUGUUAGAUGAAUAUUAAUAGUAACAGAAGAUACAACAGGUAAAGAUAAAAAUUCGUCAUCCCAUUCAUUGAAAGAACAUUCAUUAAUCUCCUUCAGCAUUAAUGUAAUUACAAUAAAACGGGUAAAUCUGGUAAUUCAGAAACCACAAUGACUCACGGAAAAGAAGAAAAAAUCGUAAUAAGUAUUAAUUAAGUAAAAGGGAAAAUAAAUAACUGUAAAAAUAAUAAAAUACAGCAGCAGUUAUUCCAAGAAUUAAACGUUACUAAUAUCAAUAAUCGUAUCCCGAAGAUGUUCCUUCGCCAUGAGUUUAUUAUUGAAAAGACUUAAAGUGCUCUUGUAGAUAUAAGUAAGAAUCAAGUUUUUAAUUUCCAAAACGGUUUCGGUCACCUGCCCGUUCACAACAAAGAAACUGAGACUGAAUACAUUUUCGUCUUUUAAUUAAUUUGAAUAGUGAUUACAAAGAUUUAUUCAUAUAUUCACGAAAAAUAGUUCAAGUACUUUGUACUUUGUGUAUCACCAUUUCGAAAAUGUUUCUAUUUUUCGGGCUGUUUUUUGUUUGUUGUGCCAGUGCUGGAAGUACAAAGGUGUCUGAAAAAAUUCAGGAUGGAGCAGCAACGCCCAGAGUUUUUGAAUUUAUGAAAAAGUUUGGAUAUUUGGAGUCAGGGACUGAUUCAGAGGCAAUUUAUACUAAGGAAGCCUUUUCUGAGAUCGUCAAAAUGGUUCAAAGGUUUGGCGCUUUACCCCAAACAGGCCUUAUUGAUAACAAGACGUUAGAACUUAUGGAGUCUCCUAGAUGUGGGGUUCCUGAUGUCUUUAAGCCCACUUCUGGUAGGGCCAAAAGAUACGUUAUCACAAGUCAAAAAUGGAAAAAAAGACACCUUACGUUUUUUGUUUCUAAUGCUCCAUCGUAUUUGUCCAAAGAAGAAGUUGUUAGAGUUAUACAAUUAGGGUUGGAUACUUGGGGCAGAUACGGCGGUCUUACAUUUUCAAGGGUGGACGAUCCUGAUGCAGAUAUAAUUGUGCUUUUUGCUAGAGGACCCCAUGGCGACAGUUUUAACUUUGACGGUCCCGGUAACAUAUUGGCACACGCUUACUACCCCAACAGCGGCCUGGGCGGUGAUGUACACUUUGACGAUGACGAAACGUGGACUACAAAUGACGAUCAAAAAUGGGAAAGGACCGAUCUAUUUUCCGUUGCGGUUCAUGAACUGGGCCAUUCUUUGGGACUGGGACAUAGCGACGUUAAAAACUCAAUUAUGUUCCCUUAUUAUAAAGAACCAGUCCAAAAUUUUAGACUAGACUACGAUGAUAUUUUAGCUAUGUAUGAAUUAUACCAUAGAAGAAGAGAUGAAUCAUCUCGAGGUGAUGACAGAGCCUCUAGAUAUCCAGAAAGGACUACUAGACCUUAUUAUGAGCCAACCGGAAGGCCCAAUAGACCUAAAAGACCAGACUAUACGAAAAAGCCAUCUAAACCCAAAUAUACCACUACAAAAACGCCUGUAAUACCAGACAUUUGUGAAGGACGUUUUGACGCUGUGUCCAUGAUCAGGGGAGAGCUGUUCGUCUUCAAGGGUGAAUAUUUAUGGAGACUAAGAGAAAAACAACAAAUACUUCCUGGGUUUCCAUCACCAUUUAGAAACAUGUUCCCGGAAUUGCCAGAAGAUGUUAAAAGGAUUGAUGCGACCUAUGAAAGACCUGAUGGUAUCAUUAUUCUUUUUACAGGAAACAGAUAUUGGAAAUUUGAUGGUAGAAGGUUCGUGGACAGCCCAAGACCCAUUACUGACUAUGGUUUUCCAUAUUACCUUGACAAAAUCGACGCUGCACAAAACUGGAAGGUCAACGGAAAAACCUAUUUUUACAAAAAGGACCGAUUCUGGAGGUACAACGAGACUUCGAGGACAAUGGACAACGGGUACCCCAAAAACAUGAACCGAUGGAGAGGAGUUCCCCACGACUUAGACGCCGCCCUCACGUGGAAAGACGGGAGGACAUAUUUUUUUAAAGGCAAAUUAUACUGGGCGUUUGAUAACAAAUGGAUAAUAACCACUGAGGAGUCACCCUUACCGGCACCAGAAAGUUGGAUUGGAUGUCCUGAAGAUCAAGAAGUUUUGAACUAUUUAUCAGAAAAGUUAGAUCAGUUUCAAUAUUGAAAUAUUUGUUAUUUUU